ACCCUACUGCUGACAUGGAGACUGCUCCUGGUUCAGAGCCUGGCUGGCUGCCUGCAAAGCUGAUGGGGACCAUACCACCUCAGGAUCAGAAGUGGAUUUCAUCUGCUCUGUGGAAGAACAAGCGGCUGCGCACUGACCUGAAGCUGUGGUAUGAUCCAUCGGAGCCAGCGCUCAUUUAUCAUCAGGCCCCCGCUCCAGAGCGUUUUUUCACACACCGGCUUCUCUUGUGGAUGCCAUACCACCUUUGGAGGGUCAGGCUGUCCUGUCCUGUUUGUGGAAAACAGCUCACAGGUUAUGGAGCCCACAAGAGAGCCCGCCAAGUUUUGGAUGUGGAUAGGUACUACCUGAUGAUCACGGAGACUCUCUGGUGCAGUUCAGCUGGUUGUAAAACGAGUUACAUUUCCACCAGCAAGACCAUCUUGGACCAGCUGGACUUGGCACACAGAAUGGAGUUCCGACUGAUCCUGACACGAAAAUAUGCCUGUGACAUACGGGUGAUCCGUUUUCUGAGGGAGAGGACCUUGGGUAAUAGCCCUAGCCGCUUGGUCAGGCAGGUGAGGGAAAAUCACAGCGAAGAGUGGCUUAAGCGUGUUUGUCGCUACCUUGGCGCAUGCUCGGACUUUGUUGUCCAGCCAAGCCUGCACCCUAUCAAGUUCCACGAACCUCCUAAGCCAGUGGCUAUUCCUUCCCACCGGUGGAUGCUGGCUGUUUAUGGCCGAGACAUCUUAAGCAGAAUGGAUCACAUAAAAGCCAGCAUAACAUCCACCUUUGGCAAUAUAUUAAAAAUAGAUUCCACAAAAAAGGUAAAUAUUUUUAACUCUUGCCACUUUAAAAUCCUACCUCACAAACAAACGUCUAAAAUACAACAUUAG